AUGUCUCGCUUUACAAGUGAAGAUGAAGCUCUGUUACAGUCUAUGCUCAGACAGUUGCUGCAGAGUGUGAAGGAAAAAAUCACUGGAGCCCCAUCAGUAGAAUGCGCAGAAGAGAUCCUCUUGCAUUUGGAGGAGACAGAUGAGAAUUUUCACAACUAUGAGUUUGUGAAAUACCUUAGGCAGUAUAUAAAUAAUACUGUGGGAUCUGUGAUUGAGGAAGAAACAGAAAAAUGUACCUCUGCUCAAAAUCAAGGUGAAGUAUCUGGCUAUGACACACUUGUACAACAUGUUACGAAGAAGACCCGUGAAUCAAAAGAAUACAGAGAAAUGAUGCAUGCCUUGAAGAAUGUCAUGAUGGUUGUGGUAGAAUCUUUGAUUAACAAGUUUGAAGAAGAUCGGAUGCGUAAUAAGGAGCUGGAUAGUAGAAAAAAGAACGGACGUCAGAGUGGCUAUUACACAGACAACUGUUCUGACAGUGACUCUUCAUUCAACCAAAGUUACACGUUCAUGAGCCAAGAACAAUUGCAGCUGCUCGCAGAAAGACUUGAUCCUAUUCAGCCUAAGGAAGUUCGCCGAGAAGCGUUGCAGACACUGUGCUUUGCCCCUGCCUCUGAUGUACUGAACUCUGAGAGUUGGCCAAAUCUGCGUAAGCACCUGACAGUGUCUCUGUCGGACCCUGAUGUAACAUUCAGUGAUAAAAUUCUUAGGUUCUAUGCAAAAACCUUUUCUUCUUCAUUUAAUGUGGCAAGAGAAGUCUAUACAAGUUUAGUGAGACACUUGGAGUUGUACUUUCUUUCUGGAGAAUAUUCUCUUCGUGUUUCAGCUGGUCUGGAUGUAUCUGACACAGAAAUAAAUCGUUUACUUAAAAAGGUCCGCCUUUUAAAUGAGUACCAAAAGGAAGCGCCAUCUUCCUGGAUUCGUUAUCCAGAAAAGUACAUGGAAGAAGUAGUGGAGAGUACCUUGUCACUUUUGUCGGUAAAGCAUGACCCUAGUCAUCCUGCCUCUCCAGAUUUUUUGAGUCCAAUCUACUUCUUGGCUCUGAUAGAUAUCAAGGCAGUAUGGUUUAAAAAGUGGACGCAUGCAUAUUACAGCCGGACAGUGGUACUUAGGCUUUUGGAAAAGAAAUAUAAAUCUUUGGUUAUUGCAGCUGUCCAGCAAUGUCUUGAUUAUUUUGAAUUUUGCAAGGCAGCCAUGAAUAGAAGUUCCAGAGUCAAUGACUUCUCCCAGCUGCACUCUAGUGAUAAGCAGAACUUUUCUUACACUGGACCAGAAUUGCAGUAUGUCUGUUUUGUUCAUUCACUGUGCCUUUUAGGAAGAUUGUUGAUAUAUAAGCAAGGCCGAAAUAUCUUUCCAGUACAGCUGAAAAGUAAAAAAGAUGGUGUUUCCGUAACUGAUCUGUUGGUAUUAUUUACUCAGCUUAUUUAUUACUCUCCAAGUUACCCGAAGAUAGCUGUGGCAGCUCAUACAGACAAUUACUCUCCAGCAAGUCUUGUUAUGGAGAUUCUGCAAGUUUUCUGUGAUCAAACGGGAUGUGCUGCUGAAUGUUUAUAUACCGAUGCAGUGAUAGAUGCCCUACUUCAUCCUGUGCAAAGUUUACUGAGUGGCACAGAG